GAAGUCUCGGGCCGCCGUCUGUCCCGUUUGGCCUAUCGUGAACCCGUCACACGUCCAGUAGAAGAUAGAUAAAAGCCCCCGACGAGAAUCCUGAUUGCUUCGAGCUCCCAGCCCAGCUUGAGAUCCUCGUCUUGUAAGAGAGCUCAGAUACAUCCACACGAACACUAAGAUGGCCACAAAGGCGAACUCUGUACCUCAUCCCACUCUCAUCAAGGUGGACCCUUUCAUCCCUGCUAACCAGCAGAAGGGCAUCCACAACCGUUGGCACCCCGGUAUCCCCGCAUUCGCGACCGUGAAGCCCGGCGAAGUGUUCAAGAUCGAGUGCGUAGACUGGACUGGUGCUCAGAUCGGCAACAAUGACUACAGCGACGACGUCAAGAAUAUCGACCUUACAAGAAUUCACAACCUGUCGGGACCCAUAGCUGUUGAGGGUGCAGAGCCUGGUGAUUGUCUCGUCGUGGAUAUUCUCGAUGUGACACCUUUCGAGAAGAUGCCAUGGGGAUACACUGGAAUUUUCGAACUUGAGAACGGUGGAGGUCUCUUUGCACGCGAAUUCAAGAGCAAGGCUGCUAAGGCGAUCUGGGACUUCAAGGGUGUCUAUGCGACAUCCCGCCACAUCCCUGGCGUGCGCUUUGCAGGCGUCUCGCACCCGGGCCUGAUCGGCACUGCUCCAUCAGUAGAGCUUCUCGCGACAUGGAACAAGCGCGAGGGCGAACUGGUGGCGGCGAACAAGGACGCGGUCCCACCCGUGGCGUUGCUCCCCGAAUCGAAGGGGGCGUACGUCGGACAGGAUCUGCCCGACAAUCUCAGGGCGAAGAUUUACAGGGAGGGCGCGAGGACCAUACCGGGAAGGGAGCAUGGUGGAAACUGUGAUAUCAAGAAUCUGUCGAGGGGCUCGCGGUGCUACUUCCCAGUGUUUGUGAACGGCGCGAAUCUUUCUGUUGGUGACCUCCACUUCUCUCAGGGUGACGGUGAAAUUUCUUUCUGUGGAGCAAUUGAGAUGGCCGGCAUCAUCACGUUCAGUACAAGCAUCAUCAAGGGCGGUGUCGAGAAGUUCGCUAUGAAGCAGCCCAUCUUCCUGCCUUCUCCAGUUGACCCUCUGUACUCAGCAAAGCUCAUCUUUGAAGGAAUCAGCGUCGACUAUCAUGGAGAUGGCAAGCAAUACGAUAUGGAUGCGACCGUCGCGUACAAGCAAGCAGCACUUAACGCCAUUGCGUACCUGAUGAAGAUCGGAUACACUCGAGAACAAGCAUACUUGCUGCUCUCCGCAGCGCCUGUGGAAUCUCACGUCGGUGCUAUUGUCGACUCCCCGAAUGCUUGUGUAACGCUCGCACUGCCCUUGGGAAUCUUUGAACACGACAUUUUGCCGAAGGAAGAAGGGCUCACGAAGAAAGAUUUCGGCCAAUGUGCGAUCCGCAGCGAUGGUGUUGUUUAGGCAAUGAUGAAAACAAUGGAUCGCAUCAAUGUAUUUGUGAAGGAGCUUGCGUACGUUGGCGUAGAAUAUCUCAUGAACGAUGCUUUUUUGUUGUGUUUAUCGUCGGAACAUCAUGGAACGCCCACCUAUGGUUCGUCAGUUGACUAUUCGAUAUCAAUAAUUGCAUAUA